UCUUUUAAAACAUGCAUUCACGAUUCACGUGAGUUGUAACCUAAAAUCGUUUUCACAAAUAAAUAAAAACGUGCCAAAGUCUGCUUUUGCACGUGGGAUCUUCGAUAUGAGUAAAAAUUAAUAAACAAUUAUAUUACUGUGACUGACAGAAACUACCGAAAAUAAUGGCUUCCACAUCUCUAGCAGAACAACUACAAAAACUCGCAGCACCACAAUCCUCUAUAUAUAAAGAUGACAAAAAGAAAGCAUCGUUAUUAUUUGAUCCAAGAGAAGCGGCCCUUAAAGACCGGGAAACUUUCUAUGAAAUAGGUGUUAGCGGUCUAAAGGAAUUAACAGCUUUAUUCGAAGGUUUUCGUGUAUACGAAGAUUCAUUGUUCAGUGUUUCUUCUAAGGAUUUCGAAAGGGCCAUACAAACUAAAGAAGUGAAUCAUAAUUUAGAUCAAACAAUAGAAAAGUUUUUACUUCAAUUGUCACCAUAUUUUCUUCUACAACCUUCUCACAAAGCACUCGAAUGGCUAGUAAAUAGAUAUCAUAUCCACGAAUAUAACCAAGAUGCGAUCAUGAUGCUUAUAUUGCCGUACCAUGAAACUAAAAUUUUUAUAAGAUUCCUCCAAUUAUUGGCUAUUAAAGGUAAUACAAAUAGAUGGAACUGGUUGAGAUCCGUACAAAAGAAAGGUGUACCAUUAACAAAACAAACAUUGCACAAUCAAUGCGUAUCUAAUACUGGUACCCUACAGUUUAUUGCAAAAAUGAUUUUAAAAUAUGUAAAGGUCUAUGGUGAGAGAGCUACACAGUUGAAUACUGUUUUUGGAUUUUUUGCGAUUACAGCUUUCGGUGUUAUAGAUACAAUGAAAUCUGUUAAUGAAGCAUUCAUCAAUGCAUUAUUACCUACUAUAAUGAAAGGUUUUGAAUCAACUGUACAAGAUUUCCGAGCUGCGUCGUACACUAUAUAUGGCUUUAUUUGUAUGAACUCUACAUUGAAACGUAAAACUCUAAAUGAAAUCUUAGAGUGUUUGCUCUCUACUGAUGAUGAUUUAAGUUACGAAUCUGUUUUAUUGAUUGUAAUGACUUUUAAAUACCAGAAACAUCUUACAAAAUUCUCUGCUGAAAUGCUCAAUAACAUCUCGGGAAAUGUUAUGAGCAACUUAUGUAAACAUUUACAAUUCUUGUCAACAAAGAAGAAGAAUAAUAUACAAUCACUUGUGCUAGCAUUCUUAUUGCGAGUUUUACCAACUAUUCAAAAAGAUAUAGAAGAGUUUAAAAGAUUUUCUGAACUUCCAGAAAUUUUAAUUGAUGAAGUGGACUUAAAAGACCAGGAUCCUGAAACUAUUAUCAGAUGUGUUUUGACUGCAUUCAAACCACCUCAGAACACCCGUCCUAAUGUUGAUGAUGGAAGUGACAUUGAAAUAAUUGACGAAGAUGUUGACAUGAAUCCUAGUAUAUUUAACUGGUAUUCUAUUUUUCUUAAGAAUAUUGAACGCAAGUAUCCGGACAGUUUUGACAAAGUUGUCAAAAGUAUUAUGAGUUCAGAUAGUGAUAUAUCAACUGUAAGACGAUCACAAUUGUCAAAGUUGUUAGGCUUCAAACCUGCGGUUGCCCAUAAAAUAAGUGGAGCGUACUUAUUUGAAAAUUUAAACCAUGUCAACCCGGAACUGCGAACAGAAGCUGUCAAUUAUAUUGCAAAAGAAUUUCAAGCUUUGAAAGUGGAAAAUGCUGAAUUUGUAAAAGAAUCUAUCGUAAAUAGACUAAAUGACGAUAAUUCUGAUGUGGUUUUAGCUACUCUAGAUAUUUCAAAUGAAUGUCUAAGAGAAGUUUUGAAUGAUAUUGAUUUAACGAAUACAUUCGUUAAUAUAAUAACGAAUAAAUCUAAGAAGUGGAAAAAUGUAACGGAGAAAGCUAUUGUAAAAUUUUGCGCCUUAGAUUCGAUGCCCGUUAAUCAAGAGACGGUGUUGGCUUUGAUACCGUAUUUGUUUCCGUAUGAUCAAAAAUCAGCUAAAAUCACAUGGAAAAUUAUAACUUCACAAUGGGGUAAAAAGUUUGGACUUUUUAAAAAAAUUACCGGAGCAAAUGAUUCUAUUGCUGAUAAUUUUGAAAUCUUAAAUCAAAUGAUUUAUAAAGUUAUAUUUAUUGACAAUGCAAUUUCCUUUGAUGAUUAUUUAGAUUUAAAUCUUAUAAACCAAGAAAACACUCUCGAAGUUCAUCUUUAUAUGCUUUUAAAGUCUUGUUCAUCUAAAAGUGCAUCAACUGAAGAUUUAAUGAGUACAUUGAAAAUGUUAUUAAAAUCAAUAGAGACAAGAAUUAUAGUAUCAACUUUGGAAAGAAAAAGUUUCUCAUCUGAAAUUAUUCCUGAGUUUAUAAAAAUUUCUAAGCAGAACAAAAUUGUGUUUGAAGUCAUGGAAUAUAUUUUUAAAAGAUUCAUCGAGGAGUUGAAUGUAAAAUAUAUCUCAAAACCAUGGUGUAAUGUCUGUGAAACCCCGGAAACAGUUUUUGUGAGGAAACUUUAUGAAUUAUUCCUUACCGGUUGUGGUAUUCCGACUUAUGGGGACAAUUAUGUUGUUCUACUGAAGAUGUUAUUACGAAAAUUAUUUGAUAAUUCAAGAGAUAAAUUUAAUUUCGUAGCUAAUAUUGCUUGUGGGCAUGUUCUUUUCGCUACCGACCCAGAAGACGUAAUCAAUCCAGAACUUCAAUUGAGAAGUUUGAAAUUGCUUAUUAAUUAUAUAACUAUAGAAGGAAAUUCUAAAUGGAUCUAUGAUUCCGAUGUGCUUAUAGUGACAAUACUUUUUAAUUUAAACAAUCCAUUAACUGCAAUACGGGAGUGUAUUAUUGAUUUGAUUAAUAAAAUGCUCAGAUAUGAUCCGGAUAAGAAUUUAAUAUACGUGCAAUUGAUAAAAGAACUUCUCGCGCACAAGGACGAGUUACUAAUAGAUCCUGAACAAAUUCAACAAGUUUUAAAAACGAUAUUGACUCAUCAGACACCAGGAAACAAAAUGUUUAGAAAGAAUUGUUUAUUGAAACUAACAAGCAUAUUAAUUGCGGACACGCCAUCUUACAUAAAAUGUAAUCUGGUUAAAAUAUUAGCCAGUGUGAACAAUGCUAAUAGUUACCCUAAUUUGAUUCCAUCAUUAAAUUCCUUGGAGAAAGUUUUGAAACAGACAGACCGGAAAAUUGUAUUUGAUAUAUACGAAUCUAAUCUCUUUAGAUUAGUUUACAGUUUUAUUAAUGAAGCAACUGUGACUACUUUUGCAAAAGAACAAAUAUGGAAAUCCAUCGAAAUAGGAUUAAAAGAAUAUAGGGAGUGUAUCUUAGAUGAAAAUCAAGUAAUGACGAGUCCAUGUAUGUUGAUUAUGAAGGAAUUUGAUGAGAACGUGUUUAAAAAGUUCCCUGAAGAAAAAACUAAAGAUUUCAUACGUCUUGUGGCGUCUGCUGGUGCAUUCAGUGGCAAUCCAAAUAUUUCUUCCGCUGCUUCUAAAUUGAUGAAGAAAAUCCACCUAGAUUUUAACGAUUUCAAGCCGAUUUUCGAAAGAAUGCUUAACGCUGUAGACCCAGCAGCUAAUGUUUCUAAAAAGAAAAAGGUUUCCGUACCUAUGCUUUCUUAUCAAUUGGUAGAAACCGAUGAAUGGAGACUCGGCGUUACGAUGUUAGAAUAUGUACAGAACAAGAAGAAAAUGAACGUCGACAAUUCAUUCGUUUCUAUUUUGUUUCAAUUGUUAAACAAAUGUUUGCGAUUCGAGGAGCAAUCUUACGUUGAAUAUACGAAACAACUUAUUUUGUCUUCUCUGUGGUACUAUUGUAAGAAAUUUGUUAAUGACACCGACAAGGACCAACAAAACUCAUUGAAGAGCAUGUUUGAUGUAGAAUUGGUCGUCCAGUGCAUCAGAGGGACGCAGAAUCCACAAACGCAACAUCACGCUUUAAUUCUACUGUCUCAUGCAGCGUACAUGUUGCCUGAACAAGUGCUUCAUCAUACCAUGGAAAUAUUUACAUUUAUGGGAUCGUCAGUUUUGAGGCACGACGAUGCUUAUAGUUUCCAAAUAAUAACAAAAAUCAUUGAAACUUUGAUACCGAUUAUAGUGAAACUAGAUAGAGAUAUCGAAGACUAUUCGGACAAGGAAAUUCAAAAAUUACAAAAACGCGUCGUUCCAGUCUUACGUAUAUUUGCCGACGUUGUUUUACACGUCCCCGAACACCGAAGACUACCCAUGUACAAGAAGUUAAUAGAAACACUCGGAUCCAGUCAAUUCCUGUGGGUGUUCCUUGCACUGUUGCUAGAGACACAUAUAGCUCAUUUCAAUGAAAAUAAGAAAAAAGAUAAGGUAUCGCAAAGAACUUUAGCAGAUCAGGAAUCUCCAGUAACUAGACUCGACUUCGGGCAGAGCAUAUUGUUAGAAUUUCCUCCCGAGGUGUGUUUAGAAAACUUUAUCAAACUAAUGAUUUACAUAAAAUCUUUGCCGGUACAAAAAGAUGAGAACUCAAUGGAUACUGAUGUCGAUCCCGGCGACAUAUUCAGUGUGAAUGGACACACGCCCAUACAGUUGCGUCAUUACAAAUACGUAAUUAUAACAUUCAUGAACACAUGCUUAGCUUCCUCGCGAUUCAUUCAACAUAGCAGCCAAACAACAGAUGACAAAGUUAUGGAAGAACGAUACAAAUCAUUCAUAAUAAAUAUAUUAACUUUCAUUCAAACUAUUUCAAAAAUAACUGACGAUAAAGCGGCCAAAUAUUGGCGCGUAAUGCUGCACCAUAGCUAUGACUUAUUGGAUCAUACUAAUAACUUGCUAUCGGCGCCUAUGUUCUUGUCUGUGGUUCGGGGACUGCUGAAGUACACGUUGCAGACAGUACGGAGAAAGUCGAUGGAAUUAUUGAAUUCUAAGAUACAAUUCAAUCCAGAAAUGUUUGUCGACGUUGACAAGGAAUUGCUAUUUUCUUUACUGCCAGCUUUACUGGAUAUAGUAAAAACUAUUGACACGAACAAUGAUUCCUUGAGUGAAAUUGCCGCCCAAGAGUUGGAAUUAAACCAACAGACGGCACUACUAUCUUUGAAAUUGCUCGCUAGGAUGCUAGCCGCGGACAAUCCUGAACCAUUUAAACCGGUCUUAGAAAUUGUUACAGAUUAUACUUGUAAUCCUAACAUCAGUAGCAAUGUAAUGGCAUCAGUUGUUCUCUGUUUGGCAGAAUUGUGUGGAAACCUUAAAGCGCACGCUUUAGUGAGCCUUCGUAAAUUCAUGCCAGCUCUUAUCAAAGUGUUGAAGAAGCAGAGAAAAUCAGAUGUUCAAGAACUGGUGCUACUAAGUACGGUGACUGCUAUUUCUAAGAUCGUAGAAAGUCUACCUUUAUUCUUAAGUCCGUAUCUAUUGAAGAUUUUGUACGAGUACUCAAUUCUUUUUGCGAAAUGGGAUGGUUACGAUCAGGAAUGUUCGAAAGUCUCGACCAUUGUGUCUAAACUUGGUAAUAUUAAAAAGAAAAUUGCCAGUUCUAUACCGCCCAGGGUUUUAAUACCUAUAGCAAACGCAACCUAUAAUAUCAUUAUUGAAAAAGAGAAUUACAGUGCUGUUGCUCCUGUGAUGUCUGUUUUGGCGGAUUCCUUUGGUAAUGUGACUGCAGCAGAUUUCACGGCGCUCCAACAAGAUUUAACUUCAUUCUUCUUAUCGGCGUUACAAUUGCGAAGUGAUGCAGUGGAUAAAGACGUAGACGCUGACGUCAUCGACAAAGCUGAAGACGAAGUGGUCAAUGCACUAGUGAGCCUAGUUCUCAAACUGUCUGAAACCAACUUCAGACCGUUCUAUUUUAAGAUUUAUGACUGGGCAGUAAGGACUAAUAUUGACGGACAUAAAGACAGAACAAUUACGUUCUACAGACUCAGCAGUGCUAUAGCUGACAAAUUAAAGGGUCUAUUUGUUCUAUUUGCUGGUCACUUUAUCAAGAACGCUGCAGAGUUACUCGACGCGUGUAACAAUAGUAAAAAUGAAGAAUUAUUCUUUGAUUCAGAAGAGAAAUGUACCAGUCUUGUUAACUAUAUUAUAAAAACACUACACGUUGUGUUCCUCUAUGACAGUCAAAGCUUUAUCAAUAAAGAUAGAUUUGAAACGCUAAUGCAGCCGGUAGUAGAUCAAUUGGAGAAUACGAUCGGAGGCAUUGACAACCUUAAGACAAGGGCAGCAGAGUUGAUAAUACCUUGUAUAGGACAGUUCGCGGUCGCUACAGCAGAUGACUCCCUAUGGAAGUUGUUAAAUUAUCAAGUUUUAUUGAAAACAAGACAUAAUGAUGCUGAGAUCAGGCUGACAGCGCUGGACUGUCUCGUUGCCAUGGCAACUCAACUCGGCAGCAGCUGGUUGCCGCUCCUCGCUGAGAGUGUGCCAUUCUUAGCAGAAUUAUUAGAAGAUGGCGAUCCUAAAAUAGAAAACUCCACAAAAGAAGCGAUAAGAAAGCUGGAACAAAUAUUAGGAGAACCGCUCGAGAAAUAUUUCUAAGAUUAAGUGAAAUAACAAAUAUAUUUUGUUUUAACGGCA